GGAAGAUUUAUUUCUUCGUAAAUUUAAUACAAAAUUUUAAUUUAGAAAUUUAAGAACUACUUUGCGCAAUAAAAAUGGAUUUUGCCGAAGAAUUUAAAAACAUAAAUGUUGUUUUUAACCCCAAUGAAUUUAUGAAGGAAUCAUUUUCUGUCGAUUGUUUUUUGUCAACAAUUAAAUGUUGUGAGCUGGAAAAAGUCAGAGAAGACUUAGGUUUGCUUCUGCAAUUGCUAAAACGAUCCAUGAUUAAAUUAAUAAAUGCUGACUAUCAAGACUUCAUACUUCUUUCUACAAAUUUAAAAGAUCUUAAAACAACAGUUAAAAAUUUAGAGGUACCAUUUUUUUUACUGAAAACGAAAAUUGAUAAUAUGAAGAAUAUUAUGAAACAACAUAUUGAAUUUAUUGAAAAACUUAUUAGCGAGAGGUGUAUGUUGAAAAUUCUUCGUAAAAAAUUAUUUUCAUUGCAAAACUUAAAAAAUUACACAAACUACUUUAAAGAAAUUAAUGAAAUCGAUAGAUUUAGCCGGUUCCUUCAUUUAAUGUAUUUAAGUAAACAUAAAAUCAAUGAUUUUGAUGAUUGGGAACAUAAUAAGGAGAUUGCACUAGUUAACAAUUCAGUCAAAGAAAAAUUGGAGAGUCGUUUUUAUGAUUGCGUUAAACAAAAUCAACAACAAGAUUUAUAUAAAAUUUUAUUAACAUGCUCCGUUAUUGAUAACAUUUCGUUAGUAGAAAAUGUUUUUAGAAAAAAGAUUGUUAAACAAUUUGUUGAAGAAGAAGUUUCUUCAUUAAUUGAAAAUAAAAUAUCGAAACAAUCUUUGUCAAAUUUUUAUAAAAAUGUGUUGGAUUUUAUUCCUAUACACAUGAAAAAUUUACUUUUUCUUACAAUUUACAACAAAAGGAUUGAAGAAACUGAUUUUCUAAUAAAUAGUUUGUGGACUGAAAUUGAAGAGCAACUUCGAGACAAUUUACCAUUAAUUUUUUCACCUGGUAACCCAGAACUUUUCAUUUCUAGGCUGGAAUCAACAGAAAUAUUUCUAAACAAAUUUGAAAAAUUAUUUGGCAAUAAGGAGUGUGUCAUUAAAUUUAGAUCAAAUCAAAAUACAAAAAAUUUCUUGCAGUGUUGGAAUUUAACUGUUUAUUUUCAAAUUCGAUUUCAAGAAAUUUUGUAUGAUUUAGAAGCGGUUGCUGAAACUAGUCAAACAGAUUAUGAAAAUAAUACUGGUGCAAGUGAAUUUAAAUUAACUUUUACGGAAAAAGCAAAUAAAGCCAUAAAUAAAUGUUGGUCAAAUGGAAUCUAUAAUAAAAAGUUAUUCACUAAAUUUUUAAAAUUAUCUCUGCAAAUAUUAUCUAGAGUAAAUAUAUGGGCACGCAACAUAUUGGAUUCCAAUAAAUCGAAAAAUUUUCCUAUCGAUUUGAUUGUAUUAAUUUAUGGAGACAUUAGUUUAAUAACUGAAAAAAUCCCAAUAUAUACCCAAGUAUCUAAAAGUAAGUUGCCUAAAGAGAUAUCUAACUCUGCCUACUUGUGUGAAAGUUGCUUUGAGCAUUCAACAACAAUGUUUAAAAAUCUCAAGAAUCUAAUAGAAGAAAAAGUGGCUGCAUUUUUAAUAAAUCAGAGUAGCGUUCAUUUGAAAUUCGUUGCUGACUUAACCAGAAUGUACCGAAAAACUAAUCGCGAUGUACCAAAUGAUAAAAGUAUUUACGUACACAAUAUGACCAAACCAUUUGAAUCCUUCAAACAGAAAUAUUCAAAAUCAUUUACUGACAAAAAAUUAAAAGAAAUUUUCAAGACUUGUUUUCAAGAAAUUACCAAAGAUUAUUUUAAUUGUGUAAGUGAUAUAUUAUUGUCUAUUAAAAGAACAGAGGAAUCGUUGAAGAGAUUAAAAAAUAUUCGAUCGAAAACGAUGAAUAGUACUGACUCAGUUCAAGAAACAACUUUUGUUGGAGAUGAUGAUAAAAUCCGAAUUCAAUUAAGAAUAGAUGUUCUAUAUUGGGUAGCUAGUAUACAAAAAGCUAUAGGGAAAGAAGAUGUCCCCAAUCUUCAAGAGUUUAUUGCGUUAGUUGAGAUACCCUCACUUGUAACUGCGAACAUUUAAAUAUACAAAAGUCUGCAAUUCAUUUGAUAACGAUAUAGAGAAUCCUUUUCUUCAAUUGGAUGAUGUUGCUGUAGUGAGCUAAAUUGAUUUGUAAGCGUUGAGCCUAGUUUUAAACUCAUGACCGGACAAUGUGAAGCAUAAUUUUGUAUUAAAAGAGGGGCAUAAUUCCGCAAAUAUGAA